CGGAACUAAAUAAUAUUAUUUGGUUGGUUUCCUAUGUGUGAAGCAGUAAAAUUCUUCAGUUAAUCGAAACACCACUUAUUUGUUACCUGCGGUUAAACGGCACAAAAGUUAAACACUGCACAGGAGACUUUUUGGUUGCAACUGCCAAACUAGUCUCGCAACCAUGAAAUACAUAAUUUUCAUAGCCAACACCGUAGUCGAGACAAGCCAAUCCAGUAGCCAGGUCUCGUUUGCUGCGCCAGCGGCUGCAGUGUGUUAGGCCUACGAGUGUGCCGACGUGCAGCACGAUGGAGAACACGAAGAAACGGCUGCAUCAAGCACUGCCGCUUGAAACGAAGCUUCAAAUUCUCCAGGAGCUUGAUGGAAGCGGCCUGUCCAAGACGAUGGUGGCAAAGAAGUUCAGUAUCCCCAAGUCGAUGCUCUCGCGGAUCUCAAUGAACAAAGAAGUGAUUGAAUGUGCCAUCAAGAAUGGAACCUUUACGUCAAAACGAAUGCGGAUGCGGACGACACCUUAUGAAGAACUGGAAGAGGUUCUUUUUUUGUGGUUUAAGCAUGCGAGGAGUGCGAAUUGCCCUGCUCAUGGCAAGAUGGAAGGAUUGAAGUCCAUCAGUCUUGAAUUCUUGCCAGCCAAUGCAACAGCUGUGAUCUAGCCAAUGGAUCAACGCAUAAUACAGAACAUCAAAGUUCUUUACCGUAGCCAGCUGCUUCACCGAAUGCUACUUUGCACAGACAAUGGAAAGAGCUACAACACAGAUUUGUUGUCGGCAAUCCACAUUCUGGCCCAUGCCUGGGAACAAGUGCAGGAAACCACAAUACAGAGGUGCUUCCACCAUGCAGGCUUUGAAGCACAAGAGCAAAUGUUUCAUGAAGAGGAAAUCCCUGCCGACGCCGAUGCUGAUGCCAUAUUCAGUCAGGUAGUGCCCUCUGCCCCUUUUACGUGGCAGGAGUACGAGGCAAUUGAUGAGAAUUUGAGCACCUGUCGCGAGGAGAGCCUUGAGGAACUGAUCGCUGAAGCACAAAGCAAAGAUCAACCCUCCUCCAGUGAUGAGUGCGAUGACCUUAUUCCGAGUGCAGUGGUGCCAGACAGUGCAGCUGAAGGAGCAGUCGAACUUUUGCAGCGCUAUUUUGAGCGUGAAGGGUGUCCAGAAUUUCUAGAAAGCCUGUCAAGCAUGGGCACUUACUUCGUGAAAAAGCAACUCAAGCAUGCCAAGCAAACCACAAUUGAUUGCUUUUUCCCUGUCCAUGUAGAUAAGUAGGUGUUAGUACUAACUUAAAUAAAGUUGUGUUUCAUGAAACGUGUACUUUGCUUAAAUGAAACUUCUGAUAAAUCGAACACUUUUAUGGAUCCCCUCCAAGUUCUGUUUGAGAGGAGUGCACUGUAGAACCCCCUACUCCCAAUUUUAGUGCCUACGAUGCACCAAACUCGGAGGCUAUCCCUCAGCUAAUGGUUGAGUUCACGGUGCCUCAUUCCUUUGCUGUGCUACAGUGUUCCAGAUAGCUA